AAUUACUUUCGAGACAGUUGGAACACAUUCGACUUUAUUACAGUUGUAGGAAGUAUCGUGGAUGCGCUGGUGAUGGAAAUAGAGGUGAAUUUCUUCAACGUUGGGUGGUUAAGACUGUUUCGAGCUGCUCGUCUUAUCAAACUUCUUCGUCAAGGAUACACCAUUAGAAUCUUGUUGUGGACCUUUAUUCAGUCUUUCAAGGCCUUACCUUACGUGUGUCUCCUUAUUGCCAUGCUUUUCUUCAUCUAUGCAAUCAUAGGAAUGCAGGUUUUUGGUAAUAUCGCCCUCAACCCAGAAACAUCGAUAACGCGCCAUAAUAACUUCCGUAACUUCUUCCAAGGACUUUUGCUUCUCUUCAGGUGUGCGACUGGUGAGAAUUGGCAAACAAUCAUGCUGUCCUGUGUCAAAGGUCGACUGUGUGACCCCCGUUCCAGUAAGUCGGGCUAUGAAUGUGGAAGUAAUAUUGCGUACAUUUAUUUCGUCAGUUUCAUCUUUCUCUGCUCCUUUUUGAUGCUUAACCUGUUUGUUGCUGUUAUUAUGGACAAUUUUGAUUAUCUUACUCGAGAUUCAUCAAUUUUGGGUGCCCACCAUCUUGAUGAAUUCAUACGUGUUUGGGCUGAAUACGAUCCUAGUGCCAGCGGCUACAUUCAUUACACAGAAGUGUACGACAUGUUGCGAAACAUGGAACCACCGCUAGGAUUCGGGAAUAAGUGUCCGUAUAAGUUAGCAUACAAGAAAUUAAUUCGCAUGAAUAUGCCGAUAUUGGAAGGAGGAAAGGUGAAUUUUACUACAACACUUUUUGCUUUGAUUCGAGAGAAUCUCAAUAUCAUGAUGAGACCAGCCGACGAGAUGGAUUUAGCAGACAGAGAUCUGAGGGAGAUGAUCAGAAAAUUAUGGCCUUUUCAUGUGAAGAAACUAUUCAACAAGAUAUUGCCUGAAGGCGAUGUCCUUCGAGAAGGAAGUCUUACUGUUGGAAAAAUAUAUGCAGGUCUGUUAAUCCUAGAAAACUGGAAAUCCACGAGAUUUGGCCGAUUAUCUACCGAAGAAAAGCUCUCGGAGGAAAAUCCACCCUCUCCUCAAAGUGAUUCGGCGCGUCCGUCCUUGCUACAUCUCUUGAUGGGCGUGGUCAGGAAUUCCAACUCACAUACGAGUCUCAACCAUGAGGAGGAUCAGUAUGAAGAUGCCGAAUGUCGAUCUCUUCGUUCAAGAAGAGGGUCUUUUAGAAACUCAAGACUUAGGUGA